AUGCCUGUAUUCUUAUCUUCGUUUCAGAUCAUCGCUAUGAAUGCAAAAUUUAUUAUUGCUGUACUUCUUGUCGCAGUUCUUUGUGUCGAUUUCGGACAAAGUUUGCAAUGCUAUCAACAUGAUUAUUGCCUAGGUGGAUGUCCAACAUUAUCGUCAAGCAUUGUGCAAUGUGCAUCAAGUGAUAGUAAAUGUUGGAAACUCAGCUCACCAUUAGGAACAAAACGUGGUUGCGGAGAUACGCGAUGUAUGGUUCAACUUGAUACAGGCGUCAUGGGCACUGCCAGCGUUUGCUGUUCUGGUAAUCUUUGUAAUUCGGCAGUUGAAAUGAAAACAACAGCCAUGGCAAGUAUGCUCGGCAGUAUCAUUGUCUUCAUUUACAAAUGGGUGAUCUUCGAAAAACGAUUGUUAAAAUAA